AUGCGCUGGUAUGCCAUUUUUGCCAUGAAGAGAGAGAUAGAAAGAGGGAAGAGAAAGAAGAGAAAGAUACAGAGACGGAGGAAGAACUCAGCAAUGGGGAGUCGAGUUCACCAAACCAUGAUUCCAUAUACUCCAUCAAUGGCUUCUCCAAACAUGACAUUGAAGCUUCUGAUAGACAAGAAAACCCAGAAAGUUUUGUUUGCCGAAGCCACCAAAGAGUUUGUGGAUUUUCUUUUCCACAUAUUCUCUUUACCUCUUGGCAGCCUCAUCCAGUUCCUGGGCUCCAAACAAAUGGUGGGUUGA